AUGUGCUACCCUGAAGCUGUUGUCACCAGCUCUGGGAAAGGUUCCAAAGAAACAAGUGACAGCGAGGGCAAGAGACCAGAACUGACUUUCUGUCAUCGGGAGGAUCCUGACAAAGGCCGAGAAGACUCAGGAGUUGAAGCCCCGGCCUUCCUUUUCUGUACUCUCUUCUCCACUGCAGCCAAGUAUUCUGAGUCUGAAACCUGGCACCUCACUUGCCAGGACAGGCAGUUCCCUGGCCCUGCCUUUCGGGUAGAGCUACCCAGCUACUGGAACAAACUGAGAAUGCACAGCCAGAGUGCCGAGCCCUGGACUCCGGACCACUCUCUCUAGCUUCUCACAAGCCUCCCUCUGGCCUCUUGUCUUUGGCUGCAGGUCCCCAGCUUGAGAACAAGAUGGGAAAUACUUCUUCUCAUACUCUGUCUGCUCCAUGGUUCAUCCAUGACCCCUCCACGCAGAAGGUCCCAUUCCAGAUGGCUGCAGGCUGGCUCUCCUCAGUUCAGGACCCAUCUCUACACUGUGGAAGCACACACAGCUCCCACACCCCUUUGCUGCUGGAAGAACUCCCUUUCAGGUACAAAUGCAUUGAGAGGCCCACGGCUGGUGACUGGGAACACUGGGGGAGCUGUCACCAUUCAUUGCCAUUAUGCCCCCUCCUCAGUCAACAGGCAUCAAAGAAAAUACUGGUGCCGCCUGGGGUCUCCAUUGUGGAUCUGUCACACUGUCGUGUCCACCAACCAAUACACUCACCCCGACUAUCGUGGACGUGCGGCUCUCACUGACGUUCCACAGAGCGGUUUGUUUGUGGUGAGGCUGCUCCAACUGUCCCUGGGUGAUGUGGGACUUUACCGAUGCGGCAUAGGAAACCGAAACGACAUGCUGUUCUUCAGCGUGAAUCUGACUGUGUCUGCAGGUCCAUCCAACACCACCUAUGCAGCAGCACCAGCUUCCAGUGAGCCCACCACAGCAUCUCCUGGAGCAGCAUCCUCAGCAGGCAACGGAUGGACCUCAGGCAUCACCCAGAUCCUAGAAGGCUCAGGCUCAGAAUGGGACAGAACAGCUCCAACCACAGGUACCAGCAAAACUACAUCUUCAGCCAAUGGAAGACAAACCUUAAGAACAGUCAGGACAAUGGUUCCAGGGACAGGCAGCAGAGAGGAGGGCUCUAUCAAGGCAGCAGUCCCCACUCCAGAGGGUCCGUCUCCAAAAUCAAGAAGCAUGUCCAGCACAACACAGGGCGUUUGGCUGUGGAGCACUAGGAACUCAGUAGCAACCAGUGUUACCACGAGCGAGGGAAGGAGGCAAGGCACAACCCCAGAGACUGAUGGGCCACGAGAUGAAACAGACGUCAGCAUGUCUCCAGAAGCACCCAGGAAGACCACAGGAACCACGAGGCCAUCGGCCCUGAUCUCAGAACAUGUGACCUGGGAAACUCUCCAAGACAAAACAGAAGUGUCUAAGCAACAAAUGCUGCACUCCCUGGAGGAGUUAUCACCAGCUCCAAGUGCACAGACCUUAAAUGCUACCUGUUUGGAAGUGGCAUCCGAGGAAGGAAGGAGCAUUGAUGGGAGUCUAGAAAACACUACGGAAGAAAGCAGCCCCCCAACCCCAAGCCAGCCUUCAGUAGCAGGCCCUGUGUGGGUUUCUGGCAAGGGGACAUCCAUGAAGAGUGCUCUGACAGAAGGAGAAAGCCACACUCGGAUCCUGACUCCAGUCUCCACUGUGCUGGCCCUGCUUCUAAUUGCUGCUCUAAUCCUAUUGAAAAGGAGCCUUGGCAGACAGAGGACCUCUCAGAAGAAAGGAAGGGUACCCAGGAUCACUCUAAUUCAGAUGACACAUUUCGUACCAGAUAAGCUCCCUGAUGAGGGAAAGAACUUUCAACAGAGUGACCUUCUUCCUCCCCAAGCCAGCCUGACCGUCCUGGAGAAUGACCCAAGAGCCUGAUGAUGGGCAGGUAAAUAGCUCAGUCACCAUGAAGGGAAGACCAAACCCAAACAGCUUCAUCCUCUUCUCCUUCCCCUCCACCUACACGAAGCUAACUGAGUUCAGUCUCCACCUGGAGACAUAGGAGCAUACCAGCUUGGGCCUCAGAAGGCCAGGCAUUCUCUGAAGCUAAAGAUGACAAUACAAGGACUCAAAGAAGUCUUCAAGAAAGGUCUCGAGGUCUGACUGUUCUUCAGCUGCCUAGCCUUCUGUCCCUUACAAGCUUUUCUUUCAGAGAGGAGUGUGCUGGGGUGAGAUAGCUCCAGAAACAGCAGUGUGCAUCACUGCUGCCUCUGGGCACCUUUCCUUCUCUCUGCCUGUUAGUACUAAGCCUGCUGCUCACAUUUAACAGUAUUCUCAUAUACCAGGCUUGCCUGAGCAAGCACAACCAUAACUCCUUAAGGACACUAAUUGUAUUUAAUCUAUUCCACUACAUCUCCAGUGGGACUUCAGCAAAUUAAACACCCAUAACUGUUUGGCUGGGGAUGGCAUGGACUUAGUGGGCACUGAGGAUCCUCCUGGCAAGAGUUCUGAACACCCAAGGGUCUCCAUUCAUUUUGUUUGGGGGUUCACUAGAUGUUGUGUCAGUAUGUAGUCUCUGCAUGAGACAGGAAGAAAGAGCCUCCACUCUUCAUAUCGUAACUCCCUAUUUGACUCUGUUCUCAUUACACUGUAGGUCUUUGGGCCAGGUCAAGAUUUUCUGGGAUUUCCCUAAAUGAUGGAAGAAAGGGGUACUUUUCAUUAUCAAUCUCCUCUUGUUCCACUGUUUAUGAAUCUUUUGUAUCAAAGGCUGUGGACAAGGCUGGAGAUGGUUUGGGAAAGACAGAAGGACAAAUGAGAGGAAUUUUUUGUGAAUUCUGUCUUAUAACAGUAUCUGUUGGGGAACUUUUCCCCACUGUUGAGCCCACCAUCUUUUCAGCAAUCACAACUGGUAUUUUCUUUACCAGAUAUGCUAGCAAGUGCUCUGUAUUCUGUACUUGGGCAGUGCAGGCAUUGAGCAACAUAAGCUGUAGGGGAAGAAAAGUCCCAACACCAAUUUAAGAACUGUCACACUGACGUUAUCAGAAGGCUCAGUCUUGCCUUCUAAGCUGUCAGUGGCAUUAAGUCCUUCAGAAAUACCUAUUCACCUAUGUCCCCAGACACUGUACCAAGAAAGCCAAGGGAAAUAUCCACGGUCCUGAUGGGAAACCUGUCAUAAGUAAGUAGGCAGAUUGAAUGCAUCUAGCCAGGGGGAAACACAAAUCUUUGGAUGCUUAAUCUAGACAGUGGUUCUCAACCCUUGGGUGGGGUGUCAAAUGAUCCUUUCCCAAGGGUUGUACAUCAGGUAUUCUGCAUAUCAGAUAUUCAUAUAAUGACUCAUAGAAGAAGCAAAAUUAUGGUUAUGAAGAGGCAACAAAAAUAAUUUUAUGGUUGGGAGUCACCCCAACAUGA